ACCAUUUCAUAUGAUAUGUUACGAAUAACAAUUCGUAUUAUAUGUUGUGCAUUUGCCAAACUUACAAUAUGUUAUGAAUUUGCUAAAUGUACAAUAUGUUACGAAUUCUAGCUAGGUGGCUAACAUUAGCUAGCUCGCUAACGUUAGCUAGGCUAGGGGUUAGGGUUAAGUUUAGGAGUUAGGUUAAAGGGUUAAGGUUAGGGGAAGGGUUAGCUAACAUGCUAUGUAUUUGCAAAGUAGCUAAAAAGUAGUAAGUAGUUGAAAAGUUUCUAAAAUGCUGAUGUCUUCUGGGAUGAGAUUCAAACUCGCAACCUUUGGGUUGCUAGACAUUUGCGUUAUAAGCCCACCCAUCCACUUUGACCUUGCCUUAAUUUAAGUAACCAUCUGGUUUACAUAACCAUACCAAAGGUAACAUAUCAUAGUAAAUGGAGCUUUCGGAUUUACAUACAGAAUAAUACAAAAUGCUCUGAGACCUGGUUGACUAGAUAAUGUAGAAUUAUUAUCUCAAUGCAUUUCUCCUGUUAUUGAGCUAUGGGUCAAAUCUAAAAAGUUACUUGUUCUUGUUAAACCUAUUGAAUUGAGUAUUCUUAGGCAUUAUCAAGCUUAUCUCUUUUCCUCAAACCUUCUCAUCUCCAUCCUUUUCUUACAUACCUGCUAAAGGAAGACAGCACAGGAAAAGAAGGAACAGUUGUGGAGAAGACAUCUUAGAAGUUGUAGAAGUUGAUUCUUGGGCACUUUAGAAAUAUUACAAACUCUUCUCUCGUUUUGGUAAAUGUCCCUGCCUGAUACCUCCAGCCUCUCUCUUCUACCAACUCCACUAGCAGUUAAUAGGUAGCAUGUUUCAUUCAAACCCAAAUUAAAUAUAUUUGUAUCUCUUUCCUUCCUUCCAAGUCAGCAUCCAAUCCAUCCAAUUCUCAAUCUUUCUCUCCCAGUCAACCACACUGUUUUGUCUCACUGUAUUAUUUCUCUCUCUUAAAGUGCAAUGUGUCCAGAUGUCAUUUGUAUUGUCCUCAGAUGGUCAGUUGUAAAAUCCCUCAAUCUACCUCCCCAUCUAUCUCUGGUCUUCUUUCUUCCUAACCAACCAGACUCUGGGAGCAACGUUUUCCACCCCAAACUCUCCAAAUGUAAUUUGGACGGUAACCAUGUAGUGCUUAAACUGACAUGGAUGUAGUGCUUAAACUGACAUGGAUUUACACAGAGGGCCUUACUUUUAAGAUAACAACUAAAUGUGACAUGUAGGGUGGCGGUGAUUUAUAUUGUACCGACUCAAAAAUAGCAAGGCAAGUUACACAUCAUGUCCAAAAUGAAGGCUACACCCACAGAUGUGGAUUCAGACGACACAGUAAAAACAGUGGAGAGGAUGCACUGUAUGAUGCAUUUUAUACAUGAGUAUUUCUUGCUGAAAAGCUUAUGCAUUCAACUUAUGCAUUCAACUUAUGCAUUCAACUUAUGCAUUCAGCUUAUGCAUGAGAUAAUAAAGAGAGAACGGGAGGGAGACAGACAGACAAACAGACAGAUGGACAGAGAAUGACAAAGAAAGAGUAGGUAAGAGACAGAAAGAAAUACUUGCAGUAAGAGUAGCGCAAGAGGAAGACUGGAAGACGAAGUAAAGAGAGGCAGAGAAAGUAACUGCAUUAUCCAUAACUCCCUAUAGAGUGCCCUGAGGUGGGCAAGGAGGGUAGUCAAGUGACAGGAGUCUUGUGAUAGGGGUGGGAUCAGGCCGGAUAAACAGUUUACCAGGCAUUAAGCACACCACACACAGCCAGCCUUCCUGAAACCCAUUAGAUAGGCUAGGGUCAAGUUCAUACAUCACAGAACGGAAGAAAACAGAGUGAAACAGGGAAGAACUACAUGAACUUGUCCAAAAAGAACUGCUUGUUUUUCAUUUUCUGUAAAAAAAAAAAGUUUUGCUAUGGGGAAGGGAUGAUUGGCUGGUUGGCCUAUUCUAGUGCUGGUAUGUAGAGUACAGAUCCUCCACUGUAUUUCAAUGGGAUUUUUGUGUGGGCUGGAGUUGGGCUGACAGAUGGUGUUCUUUUGUUAAUCCUGUGUUUGUGUGUGUGUGUGCAUGUGUGUGUGUGUGUGUCUGUCUGUCUGUCUGUCUGUCUGUCUGUCUGUCUGUCUCUAUGUGUCUCUCUCCCUGUCUCUCUCUCUUUCUCUCUCUCUCUCUCUUACGUCAUCAAAUGAACUUCCAAGCUUAUUUUCUGACUCCCAAUCAAAUCUGCAGUGGACUGUUUUGACAUUUUUGACUGCAGUAACAUAUGCCAGUCGCUAGACGGGAACAUUGCACUGCCCUGUCUGCAGGUCACACACGCCAUCUGUCACUAGUGGGUCUGUUUCUGUGUUUACCAUUUCACCAGAGAUGAAUGUCUCAAAUGUGAGACUGAGUAAUGCUCAACAUUUGUAGGACGAACCUCUCGAGUGUGAUAAACCACCAGCAUCUUAAUUUCCCAAGAAAAACAGACACUUUGACAAACUAUGUUGUGUGACUCCGUCAUAUCUCUUUCUCUUGGACCCGUUGCACAGAUAUAUGACCCAUAUUGCAGAAAAGCCCGGAUUAUUUUUCACAGACAAAGACUAGAGGCCAACACCACACACACACACACACACACACAAUCAUUGAAUAGUCAAACGUAUUGCGUCUGUAAAAAAAAGUGAUGAAAGUUUGGGAAUUAAUAAUGUGGCCAAUUUAAUCUGAUGAGCGCACGAUAAGAAAAUAGCAUUGCAAAUGUAUAUAACUGUUCACGUUUAUAUUAUGUAGAAUGGGCGGGUACAAGUUAGACGAGGGUGUUGGGGGUUGUCACACUUGGAAACAAUGGAUCAGGGGGAAAAUAUGAAUAAAAUAAUCUCUCUGAGGACCACUUGAAAUCAAUCUUUGUUACUAUGAAUUCUGCAUAGAAAGAGUUUACGUUAGAAGCAACAUUUCAACGGGUUUGGGCAACAUUUUAUAAGGAGAUUAGCUGUUAAGCCUAGGCCUACUUUAUUAAAGUGACAGAAGUCAGAAUCAUUUGCGAGUUGAAAUCCGGUGGGUGAAUUCUAUUCGAUCUGCACUUUCAUACAAGGUAAGAAGCAAAUCGUGAUAAUAACCUACUGUCAACUUUUCUCGUUCAGCGGAGAGGUGGAAUCCUGGACAGGGCGGACUGGUGGGGGAUGGGGAGGGGAAGUGGGGGUGAAAGGGUGAACAGGGCAACGGGUGAGACGGGGAGAGGGACAUAUAGAAGAGAAGAUAAUAACGAGAUACGAUGACCGGGAAGACACAGCCAGGGGAAAAGAACAGAAUUUGAAUAACCUCUGUAAAAACAAUAAUAAGAUGGCUGGCAUGGGAUGCUAAAAAUACAUUGAAAUAAAUUAGUAAGAGAAAUGUUCCUAAAUCUAGGUAGGUAGUCUACAUUCCUAAAAUCAAUACUGAGAAACCUUUUUGAUACUGACCUUUUUGUUUGUUAUUGUCUGAUAGUUAAUUCAAUUCUGCCUUGAAUGGUUAUUACCACCCUGCUAUCAAAUGUUUUUUCUCUCUUACUUAUCCAGAAUACACUAAAUGUAGGCAGAAUGUGAACAUACACGGACAUAAUAUUGACAAUCCGGCAACACUUGUUGCGUUCAGCAAAUAUUGCCGCUGGGAUUCACUAAAGGAGGAUAACAAAGCAGUGAUUGUCUCUAAACUGUAGGCAAUGAGUGGAUAUAUUUGCCAUUGCAAGGCCAUUGUAGGAUGUUGUGCUCAAAUAAUCUGCCCUUGAACAAUGCCGCCCUUGUCUGUAUUCUCCAGUCCACUCUGUUAUCUGUAUUAAUUCUGGUUCACAGUUCAAUUUGAAAUAAGAAUAAUGUCUCUAUCUACAUACAGCUGUUGAAUAAUUGUUUUUAUUUAGUUGGUCUCAAUCAUUUAAAUCUGUAUAGUGGUGGACACUGGACACUUCAGAUUAUCCUUUUUUUUCAUGCCAUCUCUGUCCAACUCCAGUAUCACCACAAAACAGACUUUUGUCUCUCUGACAAAAAUAUGUUAUGGUCCAGACAGUAGCCUAUUGUAUGUCCUACAGUCGAAGAGACUGAGAUGCGUGCAGUAGAGCAGACACAAUUGAUCACAGGAACUUUCACCUAAUGAGUCACAGAGCAUGUACAAACAUGCCUUCUCAUCAAAAAGCCCCAGAGAAUCUUGUCUCCCUCCUUUCUUUCAGACAGCAAUCAGACUCAAACUCUCCAUAUUUACCUCCGUGGAACAAUGCGGUGGGUAUUGGAGUGGCUGAUCACUGAAGUGGAAGAACAAGGAUGAAGACUUUCUCCUGUGUGUUUUCCUGCCGGGUUGAAAGACUCCCCAUAGAGUUGCUGCUUCUCUCCAUCACAUCCCUUUAGUGUCCAGCUGGUCUUGCCAUCACACCUCGCAGCUUCUCAAACAGUUGGGAACACAACCUGACAAGAACUCUCACCCUCUCUCUCCCACUCAUCUAGUGGCAUACACACACUUUCACUGUUCUGUCUUGUAGUGGCUGAACACCACUACUAGCCCAUAGCCAGGGUACUCCUACACCUGCACACGCACACACACAUUAUGGCAAGCGUGUUGCCGUACGGCCGCUUCACUCACGCCGUGGUGCGGGGCAUCCCAGAGACCUUUGGGAAGGUUGAAGAUGAGAAAAACAACAAGGUCGAAAACGGGGAAACCACGAUGGACCUGGCCAAAGCACAGCGACAGUUUGGGGUGCUGACAGGGGCGCUGAGACAGAAGGUGGGGCUGCAGCUCAUAGAGAUCCCUGCAGACCCGGAGCUACCAGAGAGCUGGAGGAUAGAGGAUGUAGCUGUGAUACAGGGAGACACGGCACUCAUCACCAGGCCAUUCAAACAGCAGAGACGCAGUGAGACUGAAGCGGUGAGGAGGGUGAUGUCGGAGCUCAACCUGACAGUGGUGGAGAUGGGGGCAGAGGAGGGGGGCUCUGCAGGGGCCACGCUGGAGGGCAGUGACGUGCUCUUCACCGGCAGGGAGUUCUUUGUGGGAAUCUCCUCCCACACCAACUACAGAGGAGCUGAGGUUCUGGCUGACACUUUCAGAGACUUUGCUGUGUCCACGGUGCCAGUGUGUGGGGGAGUUCGUCUAAAGAACAUCUGCUCUAUGGGAGGUCCUGAUACUAUCAUCAUCAGCAACAGUGAUGGGGCCAAGAAGACCCUCCGGAUGAUGGAGCAGCUGACUGAUCACCACUACGAAGUGCUCACGGUCCCUGAGGGCGCAGCAGCUAACUGUGUCUACGUCAGGGGCCCCUCCAAAGUGGACUACCUGCUUCACCCGCCCACUGAAGAGUGUCCCGAAAGUGUUCCUGCCUUCCAGAAGCUGACGGACUACACCCUCCUCCCUACAGCGUGCAGCGAGGCCUCCAAGCUCGGAGGGUCUCUGACUUCAUUCUGCCUACUUAUCAACAGGAAGCCAUACUACUAAAUUCCCUGCCCUUCUCCCAUAGAACACACAUAGACCUUCAUUGACUAUAUUUAAAUACAAAUGUGAACAUUACAAAGACAUCGCCAACUGUUGAGCAGGAGAAGAGAAAUUCUUAAUGGGAUCCUUGGGACAUACCAGAUCUGAAGUUGAAAUCGGGCACGAUAGGGGUAUGGUUAAGGUCAGUGCUUAGGGUAGGGACAUCCCAAGGAGCCCGGCACUACACCGGGCUAGAGGGUUCAAUGUGCAUAUUCUGCACAACUGCUCCCCCUACUGUGGAAAGAGAGCAGCGUGGUUAGAUGAACAUUCAUAGGCUGUAGAUUUGAAUGUAGGUGUUCUGUAUGCGGGCAUUUUAUGUCCCUAUAUAACAACUUGUAUUUAAAUACUCAUCCAUUCUCCAACCCACACUCUUCGCGCUCCAAGUAGGCUGUUUUGUUGCGGCCAUAGAAGGGACGUGCCACCUCAACAUUUUACAAUUUGAGUGGUAAACUUGCAAUGGUUGACGGUCCUGAAUUGAAUGGGUACGCCCGUUGUAUGGAUUCCAUAUCUAUGGUUUUAUCGACCUUUCGCAAAUUUCUAAAUACAAUCACAGAAAAAAAGUAGUUUGGAGAGCAAACGCCUCGUGCUAAAAAGACGCAUCUCUCAUUUUCUCAACUCAAUAUUUUGCGAACACGGAGGCGCAGCGAGAGGUUUUACUAAUUCAAAAAUCUGUCCGCACGAAAAUAACUUGCCAGUUUUUGUGUGUGGCAAUGUGUCUCGAAUCUAUAAAAAAGUUUUAAAAAAUUGCUGCGUGAGGCUUAUUUCAGAGUAGAAUUUAGGUAAUGCGGAAGUUGUUACGAGUGUACUGUGAGUGCACGUGAAUUUUGAGAAUAAAUUUAAAAAAACACCUUAAGCAUAGCGUCUCUUCCCGUUAAAUAUAGGCGGUUGACGUCAACACCACUAAUCGAAUAUUCAAAAACGGUACUCAAUUAACGAGCUUUAUCCACCAAUCCAAAAGGUAGGCGGAAGUUUUAUACAGCACACCAUACGUGGAAAAAUAAUCCCUAGUACCCGCGACAACUAAAAAAACACGUUUCAUGUCUUUUCAUUGGCUUGGGCUAUCCGUUGCAUUAACCACGAGGUUGCGUCUCAGUGUCAAGAGUAGCCAAUCAAUAAAACGUGGGGCAUAAAUUUAUAAAAUAACACCCUGUCUCGUCAUGUAGGCUAAAGUAGAAUUUAAGGAAAUUAGUAAACGCCAAUGCCACCACGCAAAUGUGAAUUAGAACACAGGUGAAACUUAAAAUGCAGAUUUAGACGGUCUGCUUUUGAAUAAUGUAUCCUGCCACCAGGCCUGGCUGCAUGCUUUAUAGAGGUAUGAAUAAACUAGUUAUAUUCUUUGUCAUAACGACUGAUUUGUGGAAUUGUACACAAUUAAUGUCCUGAUGGUUGAGAUGACGGUCAAAUGAAUAACCCAAGGAUGGAACGAUUUCAGAAGUCCCCUUCAACAAUUUCCAUCAUUACAGUUGACUUGUUCCUGUGGAUCAACCAAGGCCCAAAUUGGAAAGACCUAUGGAGUGAAACACUGACAGUUGUUCAUAAUGUCAAAAACAUAACUGAGGGUUGUACACGAUUGCUCAACACCUCCAGACCAUGAUAUAGCAACUCGGAACAAACUGGUAUUGUUUGAGUCACAGUACCCGGGUUUUGUACUUUGUUGCAAAGUCCUCAUUGGUGAUAAAACAUUGCCACUGGCCUACUCCCCAUUAGAAUACGUAGUCAGUAGUAUGCAAGUCAGUAGUAUGCAGUCAGUAGUAUGCAAUUAAGACUGCAUUAAUUUCUAUAGUUCAACUACCUACAUAAUCAAAACAAGAACUCAAUUUGUACUCAAAUUCAGCAUUUUAGUGUAGCCGUUGUAUGUGAUGUUUAGAACUAUGUAUUUAGUAGAGCAAAUACAUUUUAAACUUUUGACUAAUUCCUCAACCCAGUCAUGUAUUGAUGC